AUGUCUUCUACCGUGCAUGUGGCGAACAUCUCGUCCAAGACCUCCGAGAAGGAAGUCAGAGAUUUCUUCAGCUUCUGUGGAAAAAUCACCUCGUUGUCGCUCACCCCAAGCAGCGGGGACGCUGAAGCCACCCAGUCGGCAACCGUCACAUUCGAGAAGGAGACUGCCGCUAAGACUGCCCUCCUGCUGGACCAGACACAACUCGGCCCCUCUGCAGUUAAAGUCACUGCUGCACCAAGCAUCGACGACCUAGCUGGUGAAAAGGCUACCACUGCUCACGGAGCCAGAGACGAAGCCAGCAACCAUCUUGAGCAAGAAGACAAGCCACGCUCUCGAAUCGUUGCAGAGUACCUGGCCCACGGCUACGUCAUCAGCGACCAGGCCAUCGAGAAGGCCAUCAGUUUGGACAAGACUCACGGCAUCUCUGCUCGAUUCAACGCUGUCCUGAAGAACUUUGACUCAAAGUACCAUGCUACCGAUAAGGCCAAGGGCAUAGAUGAGAGCUACGGCAUCUCUGACAAGGCUACUAGCGGCUGGCGUGGACUCAGCUCCUACUUCGAGAAGGCCCUAGAUACCCCCACCGGUCGCAAGAUCAGAGCGUUCUACCUUCAGAGCGACAAGCAGGUCAGAGACAUCCAUAACGAGGCUCGUCGUCUCGCAGACCUGAAGCAUGCUUCUUCUCCGUCCCCUGAAUCAGCCAUGGGACAGACAGCACAGACUACUGAGGGUGCCCCAACUGCUCCCACGGGUGUCCCAGUCGGAGACCCCUCUGCCCCCAAAACUGCAUCAGGAACCGCCGCCGAUGCCAAGUAG